AGCUCUAGAUCGAGGAGCAGGCGGAGAAGUCGAAGACAUACUACGCCUUCCGCGGUUUUGUGUCUCGUUGCAAUUCUCGAAAAGCUGUGAAGUGCUACAGCGGACUGGUGCCACAGUGCCAAUAUUCAGAUCAUCAUCUCGAGCUUCUAUUAUUCCAACUCUUGCUCGCGGAAGACCAGUGCAGUCAAAACUGCGCGAUAGAUAAUCAGAUAUGCCCCACGCAUGGACUCAAUCGAUGGAUCAACGUCUCAUGAUAGCCAUUUUCGAGGCGCAGUCCAAGAGUCCCGCAAUCAUCGUUGGCAAGUGGGUUGAAUUGUUCGGGAGAACGGAAGACACGCCUACCGCGAACGGUGUAAAGUUCCGCAUUCGCCGUAUAAUGGCCAGUCUCCGUGCAUCACACAGACAUGGUCACACUUCGACUGCCGCCGCCAGAGCUGGUGCGAGGGUCUCGAACAAAGCGCCAAAAUCGCAGAUGGCAGAGAUCGUAGCAAAAGAUAUCGAGGAGCUUGACCGUGGUAGUCUUACACCGGAGUCGCUCGGAGGUGUGCUUUCGUAGGGUGUCAUUCAUCCAUAUCGCCGUUCAGGUCAGGCCUGAGCCAUUGUAAUAAGUGUCUUUCACAAGCAGAACAUGUGUGGGAAUGUUCCGUGUCGAUGUCGACGGCACAUGGAAUGAGGAAUCCGGAGGUGGGAGCCUCCUGGAGUCAUACGCUAGCUCAAAUUCAGUAUAGCGUAUUCUCAACCCCCGCAAAGUGAAGGGAGAAUGGAAAGCGCGACCAUGC